AUGCUGCCAGUCAUCUGUGUGCUGCCAGUCAUCUGUGUGCUGCCAGUCAUCUGUGUGCUGACAGUCAUCUGUGUGCUGCCAGUCAUCUGUGUGCUGCCAGUCAUCUGUGUGCUGCCAGUCAUCUGUGUGCUGCCAGUCAUCUGUGUGCUGCCAGUCAUCUGUGUGCUGCCAGUCAUCUGUGUGAUGCCAGUCAUAUGUGUGCUGCCAGUCAUUUGUGUGCUGCCAGUCAUCUGUGUGCUGCCAGUUAUCUGUGUGCUGCCAGUCAUCUGUGUGCUGCCAGUCAUAUGUGUGCUGCCAGUCAUCUGUGUGCUGCCAGUCAUAUGUGUGCUGCCAGUCAUCUGUGUGCUGCCAGUCAUCUGUGUGCUGCCAGUCAUCUGUGUGCUGCCAGUCAUAUGUGUGCUGCCAGUCAUCUGUGUGCUGCCAGUCAUCUGUGUGCUGCCAGUCAUCUGUGUGCUGCCAGUCAUCUGUGUGCUGCCAGUUAUCUGUGUGCUGCCAGUCAUCUGUGUGCUGCCAGUCAUAUGUGUGCUGCCAGUCAUCUGUGUGCUGCCAGUCAUAUGUGUGCUGCCAGUCAUCUGUGUGCUGCCAGUCAUCUGUAUGCUGCCAGUCAUCUGUGUGCUGCCAGUCAUCUGUGUGCUGCCAGUCAUCUGUGUGCUGCCCGCACCUGAGCGGGGAGGCGCAGCAGCAAGCCGAGCGCCGUCUCGUCGUCCUCGUCAGCGAGCCGCGUCCCCUGAUCGACAUCUGGUGGUAACGGCAUCAACCCCAAACAGACUAGGCAUCAUCUCGACGCUGGCGAAGCGCAUCCUCGAGUGCGGCGGGAACGUGGAGGAGAGCCGCAUGGCGCGGCUGGCGGGCGACUUCUCCAUCAUCAUGCUCAUCCGCGUCGACGCCACGAAUGGAGGGGAAUGUGAAGGAGUGGCGCGGCUGGCGGGCGACUUCUCCAUCAUCAUGCUCAUACGUGUGGAUGCCACGAGAGUGGGAGGGGGAGGAGUGGAGGUGUUGGCAGGGAGGAGGGUGCGGGUGAGAGAGCGAGGUUGGGGUCCUGAUGAGAGGGAGAAAGAAGGGGUGACGGUGAGAGGGAUGGGGACGGGCGCGAGUGGGGGGUUGCAGGUGAGCACGCGGUGGACGGUGGACGAGCGCAGUGAGCACGCGGUGGACGGUGACGAGCGCAGUGACGAGAGACCAGGAGGUGAGCAAGAGGUGAGCACGCGGUGGACGGUGGACGAGCGCAGUGACGAGACGGCACCCAAGCGCAAGUUCCGGCGGCUAGUGCUGCGAGGGGCCGACAACCCCGGGCGCGUGUACAAUGUUACUGAGUACCUUUCGUCCAAGAACAUCAACAUCGAGAAUAUAGAAACAUUUACUGAGGAGGCGCCAUUUGGAGGCACCAUGCUGUUCCUGAUGGAGGGGGUCAUCGCCAUGCCCAUUCAUGUGUCUCUCACCAUGCGCCAUUCGGAGGCACCAUGCUGCUCCCUUCGGAGGCACCAUGCUGUUCCUGAUGGAGGGGGUCAUCGCCAUGCCCAUCCGCCUGCCCACACGGCAGCUAGAGCGGCAGCUGGACGCGUUGCAGCAGUCCUGGGAGUGCAGAUAGAGCUGCUCAAUUUGGACCCCAAGGAUAUGGUGGAGGACUGGAGUAAGCGGGCAGGCAUGGGCAUGGGCAUGGGCAUGGGCAUGGGCAUGGGGGAUAGUGAGUGGGUUGCCUGGCAGCUAGACGCGUUGCAGCAGUCCCUAGGAGUGCAGAUAGAGCUGCUGAACCUAGACCCCAAGGAUAUGGUGGAGGACUGGAGUGAGUGGGUUGCCUGGCAGCUGGACGCGUUGCAGCAGUCCCUAGGAGUGCAGAUAGAGCUGCUGAACCUAGACCCCAAGGAUAUGGUGGAGGACUGGAGUUGCUCUGCUGCAGUUGGAGCGGCAGCUGGACGCGAUGCAGCACUCGCUGGGCGUGCAGAUAGAGCUGCUGAACUUUGGGUGCAGGGGAGGACUGUAGGGUGCGUGAUGAUGUGA